AUGGCCAUGGCAUUGCUCACCGCCGGGGAACUGGAAGCCAUCACUACGGUGGCCCAGGCCCGUGCCUGGUCUGGCCUGGCGGAUGCCGUAUGGCAGACGGUGGAUGCUACCCUGGGUGGAGUUCUCCAUCUCAGAGUCUUAGCAUACCUCCCACCGACAGCUGUGCGCACAGCUGUUCGGACAGCGCGGGUGCCUACCCCUGCAGUCGGUGCCCCGGGUGAUGCCGAUUAUGUGGCGCCUGGCGAGCGCGAACUUACUGCAGUUGAAGGCACCCAAGUGGGGUUGAUGUACCAGGUGGCGCUGGCCAAGCUUGGACGACCUCAGGUCGACCCUCUGACUGAUCCGGCUCACGCACCGGUGGGGGCGGGGGGAGGACCACCGGCCAACCCGCCACCGGGUGGGCCGGCCAAUAACCCGGCCAGGAAGGUGAAGAACAGUCAGGUCCUGGAUCAGGCGGACGAAGGGGAGAUCCCGGAACUCACCCAGACCUUGGUUGAAGAGCAUUACAAGGUGCUGAGGAAGGCCAAAGGAGGGCCGGUGAGACCGGAGGCGGAGCCGUCCCCGGACCAAAUAUCGGCCAUGAAGGUCAGGGUCCUGGAUCUUGACCUCCCGCCGUACGCGGACUUCGCCGUCUUCGUUAACUUUCAAGGACGCUUUUCCAGGACUCUGAAGUUCCUCAACCAUAUCCUCCAGCCGGACGGUACUUUCAAAGCUGUGGAAGUACCGGGCCCGCCCAGCUACGAUGCAUGGCUGUCGUCCUGGCGUGUCUACGAGAACACGCUUCUCAUGCUGGAAAAGGACGUGGGCGGGAAUAAGGUGCCGGUAGCCACUGUUGCGGCUAUGGAGGCUUACAAGGAUGCCUUCAGAGAUCUCGUUGUCUGUUACCCGGAGGCGUGGCAUCUCCUGGUGGUGGCGGAGGACCGCUGCCGCGGAGAGCACUUUGUCCGACUCAGGAGAGAGUUGGAAGUGAAGCACGCCAGGGGCCUGACAUACGACUAUGACCCAGAACAACCAUGGAAUGAAGUGUUCCGGGUGGCAUCUCAGGACAGGGAGUUCUGGGAUAGGCACGUCAGGGAACCAGCCCUUCUGUUCCGUACGGGAGGAAAGCAUCGGGAACAGCCAGGAGGGACUGGCUCGGCUACCGACGGGACAAGCCAGAAGAGCCCUCCCAAGAAGAACAGGAAAUCGCAGAAGGAAAGGCUGAGGGCGCAGUUGGCGAAGGCCGGGGAGGGCAAGGGAGCGACCGCCUCCGAGGCACCCGCCCAGGGAGGAGGAGGUCCGCCGCCAGUUAAAGGCAAGGGCCGAGGUCCCAAAAGAGACGGGCGGGGCCGGUUCCUUACAGACCGCCAAGGCAAGCCUAUCUGCUUCGGUUUCAAUAACGGAGAAUGCAAAGGCGUGUGCCAGAAGGGCAUGGUGCAUGUAUGCCAGGUUUGCCUUGGCUCCCACCCCGCAAAGGAUUGCGGGAAAGGGCCCGCGGCCCCUCCCCCUGGCGCUGGGAAUCCCCUUGGCCCGGCGCAACAAACGGGGGAAGAGGAUGCAAAAGGGGACCGGCCAGUCUUCGAAGAGUUGUUCGCCGGUGAUGCCGGGCUCACGAAGGCAGUGAGCCGGAUAGGGGGUCCCAAGAUCAGAGUCAGGACACCACAUGACGCCAGAUACGGGCAGGACAUAACUCAGGAUGACGAGUUCCUGCAAAUGAUGGAGGCUGAAGCCCCGAGUUGGAGGCACAUGGCUCCCCCAUGCCGGACGUUCACCAAAGCAAGACGCACUGACGAGCACGGCACAAUGAAAGCCCUGAGAUCCAAGGAGAGACCAGAAGGCUUCGGUGACGACCAGACCGUGGAAGCAAACACCAUAACCGAUAGAUGCGUCCUGGCGGAAAAGCAACUUGAUGAGGGGAAGUGGUUUUCAAUGGAAAACCCAGAACCGUCGCUGAUCUGGGAGCUGAAGUCCGUCAGGAGACUUCGGAAACGACCGGAAGUCCGGUUCGUAGGAUUCGAUCAGUGCGCAUACGGUGGCCCCUUCAAGAAGUCCACGGGUGUGCUCACAAAUUGCCCGUGGCUGUUCCACCUGCAACGCUGCGGAGAUGUGCCCAGGCACGCUCACACGACGCUCGAAGGCCGCGUGUGGUCGUACAAGACGGAACAGGAGGUAUGGCUGACGGCAGAAGCCGCAGAGUACCCUACGGGGAUGUGCGAGGCCUGGGCAAAGGGGUGGAUAGACUGGUUACGAGACCAAGAAGCCACGCCCCAACAACCGCGAUACAAGAAAGUGGGCAGGUUCCAAAAUAAGUUGAUUCGGGAGGAGCUGCCCCAAUUGGAAGAAAGGGAGGCGGAGGACGAAGCGUAUCCUGGAGGGAUGCGCAACCCCCGCAAGGCUGUGGCAGCCUCUGCGGGCUGGCGCAAGUGGGGCGCUCGUGCGUCACAGGCGCUGGAUGAAGUCCUGUGGGCUAUGCCGGAAGGUUUGGCUCUGGCUGAAACCAUAGGGACUGAAUUGUCGCCCGGAGAUGCCGAGCAGGCCCGUGCAGUCUUGGAAAGAAUGGGGAAGGCAGGCGCCGCAGCCCUUGCUAGGGUAACCGGCGCCACCCAGGACUGGGACGAAAGGGGGCCGACUCGAUGGCGCUGGAAACUCAUCGCAGCGGUAACUGGCUACGCCGGGGACCAGGAUGUCGAUGCCCAGCGGGACAGCGCCGAAUACUUGGCCUUGAGAGGGACGGAGGUCGAGGUGGACAGCAACUAUAAGUCCUUUCACGAAAACGAGAAGGAGUCGAAGGACGAACUGGCGAGGUUAGUCCGGGAAGGACACCUGGAAAUCAUAGGGCCUUGGAACCAGGUGGUCCACCGAUGGCCAGAUGCCAGGGGAACCAAACUAGCGACGCUAGUCAAGGUCAAGGCAGAUGGAUCAACCAAGACCCGGUUCAUCGCAGACAUGCGCCGAUCGGGAAUUAACGGCCUAUCGUCCGCAGAGGAGCGCAUCAUCCUACCGCGGGGCAGUGAUUUGAUGCGGGACGCCCUCGACAUCAUGGAGGUCAACGGGCAGGAGAUAGAGUUCUUCUCUGCGGACAUCUCGGACGCUUUCCUCAACUUGGGCGUCCAAGAAGAGGAAAGGGGCUUCGCGGUAGUGCGAACUGCCGAGGGUGAGUACGCGUCGUAUCGCGGUGUCCCAUUCGGUCUUGCCACGGCCCCGCUUUUAUGGGGGAGGUCGGCCGCGUGGCUCGGCCGGGCAACCCAGGCCAUACUGGGCCCGUGGGAGGGGCGGACGCAGAUCUAUGUAGACGAUCCCAUCAUCACGCUGAGUGGAAACCGGCCCCAUCGCAGCCACCUCAUUGCCAAGAUCCUAAUGUUGUGGAGCGCCUUUGGAGCGCGAGUGGCCCUCCACAAGGCAUCCAGAGGGCACGAAGUCAAAUGGAUCGGGGCUCAAUUCCGGGUAUUCCCCGGGGGGGUGGAGGUAGCAAUAGACAAGGACAGGAUAGACAAGCUGCUGAAGGUCACCCAGCAAGGGCUGGGGCGUCAAGGGCUGAUAUACAACAUCAGAAGCUUAGCUGGGGAGCUAAGCUGGGUGGCAGGAAUCAUUCCCUCCGUACGCCCGUUUGUCAACAUGAUCUGGGCCGCCACCUACGCAAUGGACAAGCCGCAGCCUUGGUUCAGCAAGGUGCGGAAAAGGCCUCCAGACGCAGUCUUCGCCAAGAUGGUCAGACUGCCUUUUACAUGGCUACGGGCCUUCCUGGAAGGGAACCAUGGCGGGCUCACCAGGAAGAGGCUCCUCUGGGAUCGGCACGCUCCCGCCCAGUGGUCCGUAAGGACGGAUGCGUCCACAACAGGGCUGGGAGGCAUCUUACUCGAUACCCACGGGACGCCAAUCCGCUGGUGGGCUUGCCCGAUACCUGAAGAGGCACUCCGUCACCUGCGCAUCGAACGAGGCGUCCCAGGCCUGAUGACAGUCUACGAACUGCUAGCCCUCCUCAUCUCAAUCAUCAUUUGGGGGGAUCGCAUCAGGAACUGCCGCCUUGGCAUUACAGCCCAGCUCGACAGCGAGUCUGCCCUCAGCGUGGCGGUCAAGCUCGCAUCACCCAACCCGAAGGCCAACUUGCUGGCAGCCGAAUUGGCCCUCCGGGUGGAACAACUUGGGUUGGAAGCCUUGUUCGGCCAGCACUGGCGCAAUACCAUAAACCUGGAAGCCGAUGCUCUCUCCAGACUGGAGGAAGGCAAAUCGGUCCCACCACGACUCAGGCCGCUACCACGAGACGAGGUUCCCACCAAGGACAUGUUCCUGCUGGGCGACCUCUAUUUUGACCCUUGGCUGACACUGGCGAUAGGGCCGUGUGUGGGCUGGGUUCGGGGGUGUCCUUGGGUACCCAAUAUGUCGGGGUUUCCCUUCGGUCCCCCCCCCCUUCGGGGUUUCUAA